AUGGAAGAAUUUAGACUCCAACGCUGGCCGGACAAUCAGAACGCGUCAUUGGUUAUUAAGUUCUUUGUUGUCGGGUUCAGGAUCCACCAAAGCUACAGACUUGCCCUCUUCCACUUGUUCACGGUCACCUACGCUAUGACUGUAACUUGCAACCUCUUGAUCAUCUUGUUGGUGUUUUUCUCUAAACUUUCUCGUUCUCCUAUGUAUGUGCUCCUCUCCAACCUGUCACUGUCGGAGAUCUUGGUCACCACCACCACUGUGCCCCCCAUGCUCCACAUCUUACUUAGAAACGGCACUUAUUUUUCUCUUAUUGGCUGUCUCUCACAGUUUUUCUUAUUUGGUGUGUUUCUAGGCACAGAAAGUUUUCUCCUCUCCACAAUGUCCUAUGAUAGAUAUCUGGCCAUCUGCAAACCUCUUCAUUACACACUGAUUAUGGGUUCUGGAUUGUGUGGUUGUCUGAUCCUUGUCUGCUGGGCCAUGUCAGCCCUAAUUAUGUCCAUUGCUUUAAGUUUUGUGGCAACUUUGAGUUUUUGUAGAGACAACAUUAUUGAUCAUUUCUAUUGUGACGUUAUUCCAAUAUUGAAGGUGUCUUGUUCUGACACUUCCACCAUUGAAAUGGUUGUGUCUUCUCUUUCACCUGCACCCACUGUGUUCCCUCUCCUUGUGAUCAUAUCUACUUACGGGUUUAUCAUCCAAGCCAUCACUAGGAUCUCAUCAUCCAAGGGAAAGGAGAAAGCCUUCUCCACCUGUAGCUCCCACCUGGGAGUCGUGUCUACAUAUUAUACCACCAUAAUGUUGGUCUAUAUGGUUCCAUCUGGUCAUUCUGUGAUAAGGAACAAAAGUCUAUCCCUGCUUUAUAUGGUGAUCACCCCACUAAUGAACCCCUUUAUUUACACCCUGAGAAACCAAGAGAUUAAUGCAGCUCUAAGACAAAUCUUGACAGCCAUAUCCAGACCCUAAAGCC